AUGGGGCUAGAAGCCCUCACCCUCACACUUCCUCCCGUGCGGUCCCACAGCCUAAGGGAAAAAGACCCGGAUCUGGAAUGGAUUGAGGGGUGCCCUCUUGGAGCCUCUGCCCUCUGUGCGGGGACCGAAGCCGCCAGGUACUGCUGUGCCACUGCCCUUGAAAGCCGGGGUCAGCGAAUCGGGAGCCUGAGCACCUGUGUUCUUGUUCCAGCUCUGAAAUCUGGCUUGGGGGACAACCCGAGAACGACUUCCCACCCCGCCCUUGAGCCUCAGCCACCUGCCCGCUAUCCCCUUAAGAAUCCCAGGGCUCCGAUUCACCUCGUUUCCCUUCCUAGAGUCGUAGCUCCCGCUCAAGGAGAGCUACGCAGUACCAAGACUUUCAUUAUAAGGAGACUGGCGAGAAGGUGCCGGCUUCUCUCCUCCUUGGAGUACGAGAAGCGAGAUACGCGCCACGUCCCAACACCACCCGAGGCACGCGGCUCCCUCUGGGUCACGUGGGACCCAACUCUUUGGGUCUCAUUGCAAUUGCUCCUAGAAAUUAACGCGCCACACAAACCCCGCGUGGAUCCAAGUUUCAGAACUGGCCAAGCCCUCUCUCCCCGCCCCGUCCCACGCUGUGGUUUCCACCUGCAGGGUUCAGUUUCUAGCAGUCUCUCUCCGAGAAAGGAUGAAUGGAUGAAUAGAUGGACGGACCCAGUGGCAGACACGCCGAAGCCGGUACCGACUCCAAAGCUAGAGCUUUCAAAAAAGCCAAGAACUUUCAAAAAUGCUUGCUAAAAGAACAGCCAAUCCUCUACGGGACCUUUAAAUAUGUCAGCCAAUCAGGAAGAGAAGGCCUGUCCACUUUUGCGGCCCUCCUCCUCCCGCCCCAGAGGGAAGGGCUCAGAAUCUCCCACGGUUCUGAAAAGAGAAGGGGUUUCUGUGUGUUGGGUGGCUUGUACCAAAAUCGUGGGAAGGGGGGAUUAAUCGCGAAUGGGGGCGCAAUGGGGGUGUUACGUCACUAAAUCUAACCUAGCUUUGCGGCUGUAUUUUCAGAAUGUAUCCACCCCCACACCAGUAUGGAGAAGAUGCGAGGGGUAGUAGCUGCUGCUGCUACAAUCUUAAAAAAAAAUUACAGCUCCAGGACAAAGGGAUGAUUCAGUUAAUCCCUCAGCAAGCAUAUUUUUUGAGUGCCUACUCAAUCAAUCAACUAACACUUAUUAAGCUCCUAUUAAGCACCCGGAUGGUAUACAAGAAGCAUGCUGCACUCCCAACCCAGAAGAAAGGCAUUUCAUUUAUCCCCAGAUCCUUAAUUUUUUUUUUUUUUUUUUAAAGCGCGCUACAGUCUAGCACAGAGUAGAUGCUCUAUAAAUAUUUAUUCUGCAUGGAUAAAUGAAUAUUGUUCUCCCUUGUUAGACUUAGGGCAAAUCAUUUUCCCUCUCUCAACCUCAAUUUCUUCAACUGUAAAAGGAGACAUUUCUGACUGUGCUUUUGAGUCUAAUCUAGUCACAGUAUCAAAAUUCCAGGGUUGGAAGGGACCGAAGGGACUAUUUAGACCAAUCCCAUAAGUGGGAAAAAACACUCACUUAAAGUCAACAAGAAUAUGCUGUUCUUCAGGAGAUCAUUAUACACUUCGACAACGAUAUUGUAUGAGGACAUAUUUUGAUGGAAGUGGAUUUCUUUGACAAAGAGACCUGAGUUUCAAUUGAUAAAUGACGGACAGAAGCAGCUACACCCAAAGAAAGAACACUGGGAAACGAAUGUGAACUAUCUGCAUUUUUGUUUUUUUUCCCGGGUUAUUUAUACCUUCUGAAUCCAAUUCUCCCUAUGCAACAAGAGAACUGUUCGGUUCUGCAAACAUAUAUUGUAUCUAGGAUAUACUGCAACAUAUCCAACAUAUAAAGGACUGCUUGCCAUCUAGGGGAGGGGGUGGAGGGAGGGAGGGAAAAAAAAAUUGGAACAGAAACGAGUGUCAAUAUAAAGUAAUUAUUAAAUAAAAAUUAAAAAAAAAAAAGAAUAUGCUGUUCUUGUGUCUGACUUGGAGACCCCAUUUGGGAUUUUCUUGGCAAAGGUGCUGAAUUGAGUUGCCAUUUCCUUUUCCCAGAUCAUUUUACAGAUAAGGAAACGGAGUAAAGCAGGAUUAAAUAACUUCCCAGGGUCACACAGCAAACGUCACAAGUUACAUC